UGCCCUGAUGCGAUGAAUUACUAAUAUACGAUCCAAUGUAGGGUGGACAGCGCUCUCCAGCUGCGGACAACUCCUGUAGCUCCGACGUGAGAGCUACGAGUUUCCUUGGAUGCAACGUUAUAUAAUGGACCUGAUCAAGCUUUGGGUCCUCCCCGAACCUCGUCUCUCACGGGAUGGAUAGCACACACCGACCAUCGCCAGAGGUCCUAAGUAUUCUCCAGACAUGGAUUGCAUUCUCUGUAUUAGGCUCCGCACUUUCAGCAACGCUCUUUGGCAUUAUCACGGUCCAAACCUUUUUCUACUACAAACGCUUUCCAACCGAUCAUGUUUUCUUGAAGAUCACGUUUCUGAUUUUGCUAUCACUUCAAAUCUUGUUGACGGCAAUCGAUAUUUAUGCUUUCGCAAUGUCUCUCGGUUCGGCAGCUGGUAGAAAAUUGAUCUGCAUAGGGCUCAAAUAUUACCGCAAUUUACGAACGUAUGCGCAGCCCUUCUGGAAUCUCGCUGUUACAUGUUUGAUUUACACCUUUUUACCCAAGCUGCUAGCAGGUAUUGUGUCGCAAUCACUCUUCGUCUAUACCACCUUCCGUCGUCAGUGGCCAGCACUCCUGAUAUCAUUCGAGGCUGGUUGGGGGCUUUGUACAUUACAGCGUACAUAUCAAAACCCCAAUCCACUCUACGCCGCACGAUUGUGGCCCAGUCGUAUAUUCGGUCCCCUGAACGCUUGCUGUGAUAUUGUUGUUGCUGGUGCUCUUGCUUGGGGUAUCCAUCGACGAAAGAACGGAGCCGUGAGCGAUAACGUUUUGAGAGACAUCAUGCUGUACAUUGCUUGUACAGGUUUAUCAACUGCGUCAGUGUCAAUUGUGCUAGCUGCGGGUGUUGUAGUCGCUUCCCCAAGGGUCAUCCCAUUCAUUGGGCCAAGUGUUGGUGCUGUCUCAAUCAUUGGAUUUCUUUCAAACCUUCACUCCCGUUCACUUCUGUAUGAUGCCAGGACUCAAAGAGGCGGGAUAAGUUUUCUUAUUUCUGUCAUGCGUGACGUGCAGCAAGCGUCUGAUCGUGAAGGCCAACAUGAAGUUGCGCUGUGGUCAAGAGUUUCAAAGUUCGAUAAUGAAUACAACGUAGAGGAAUCAAAAACAUACGAUGAUAACCCAGCUUUCGAACGACAACCCACAUGUACUAGGAGGCUAAUCUCAAUGCCUAAACGCGAGAAUUCUCACGUGUCCGGGAUCGAAGAAGAGAUCGUGGAGGUUGAUCCUCAGCUUGGGUGUGAAAGGACGACUAGAUAACGUUGGUGGUGAUGCCGAGCUUCC